AAAAAUGAUGUUAGGGGCGUGGAGUAAAGCAAACCGCUCCCACGGAACUUUCUGUGGCUGUGUGCGCUGAGAUCAUCCAUCUUCUUCUUCGGUUUGCACCACCGUGGGAAUUAGAGUUGCUAUUGAAUUCCACGACUUUGCCAACCAAACUAUGGCAAUUCUGCAAUCUCUGUCACCUGCUUUCCGUCCAUCAGUUCCAGCCCCAAAUUCUCACGCUUUUCCGGCGGCCACUCUAUUUAAUUCUUCCCCCAAAUUCAUUGACUCAAAGGGUGUGAGUGUCAGCCUCAGACAUUCUAUAACUUCUCCAAGGGUUUCCAAUUCCCAGUAUAGUCCGCAAAUCGUGGAAACUCUCGGUGACGUUAGCAUUUUUACAGCUUCCGGCGAGCCAGUAAGAUUCAGUGAUCUCUGGGACCAGAACCAGGGAGUAGCUGUAGUGGCACUAUUGAGGCACUUUGGAUGCAUUUGCUGUUGGGAAUUGGCUUUGGCCUUGAAAGAAUCGAAAGCAAGAUUUGAUUCAGCUGGUGUGAAGCUAAUUGCCGUGGGUGUUGGUCCUCCCAAUAAAGCCCGCGUUCUUGCUGAAAGAUUACCAUUUCCAAUGGAUUGCCUUUAUGCUGAUCCUGAGCGAAGGGCAUAUAAUGUUUUGAAACUAUACCAUGGUUUGGGCCGAACUUUCCUCAACCCUGCAAGUGCAAAGGUGUUUUCAAGAUAUGAUUCUCUGCAGAAAGCUGCGGAGAACUAUACAAUUGGAGCCACUCCAAAUGAUAUAAGCAGUGUAUUGCAGCAGGGAGGAAUGUUUGUGUUCAGAGGAAAGGAGCUAUUAUACGCAAGGAAAGACGAAGGGACAGGUGAUCAUGCCCCGUUAGAUGAUGUUUUAGAGGUCUGCCUCAAAGCUCCUGUUGCCUAAUGCUCUAUUUUAUAGAAUUUUAAAUUCGCAAAACUGUAAGAAUGUUCAAUUUAAGAAGAUUUGUUUCAGUAGAUUAGAUUUCCUUGAAUCAUAUCGGCAACAACUUAUUGGAAGUUGUGGAUUUGAUUAAAAAAUCAUAUAUAAAUCAUUAUGAAUGGUUAUAUUGAAGUUUCCAAUCGGUAUAUGGCUAAAGAUGUAUAGCGAAAGGAUGUGCCAAGUGUUAUCUACCGAGAGAUUCAAUAUAACGGUAAGAAUAAUAUGAUUGUAAGCAUGUUUUCUUUUC